AACACACUGUCGAGAGAGAGAGAGAGAGAGGAAGGGAGGGACAGGGCCGCUCUCACAGGAGGAAAACAGACAGAGAGAGAGAGAGAGAGAGAGAGAGAGAGAGAGCGCAAGUGAAGGAGAGAGAGAGACAGAGGGGAAACGGAGUGUUACCGGACAGCCAAACUAGCUUAGGAGCGAGCGCGGAAGUGAGUGAGACGACGAGAAGGCAAGAGAGCAGCGGCGACCCCGACUGGGUCUUGGAUUACAGGAGUGCAUUAAGGGACUAACAGUCACGUUCCACUGCGGGAGCGAAAGAGAGAAAGAGAGAGAGAGAGAGAGGGAGAAAGAGAGAAAGAGGGGGCAAGUCAGGAAGCCACUGCUCUCCUCGCCUGUCCUGGGUCGCCUCUGCGCCGCUACUCGCUGACCGGCUCUCUGCCCUCCUCCCUGCCCGCUGCCCCGGCUGUGCCAGGGCUGCCGGCGGGGCACAGGGGGCAAACCCCCGAGGGGCAAAGGACUAUGGGACACGGUGCCAGUGCGGAGACAUUGGCACAGCAACCAGCAGCCGUCCUCCACCACGAUGAUGAAGGCGACCAGCAGCACAGCACGGCGGGCAGCAAUGAAGGGAACCCUGGUGACGUCCCGACCAAGAGCAAGGGCAAGUUCUCCAACUUCGGCAAGAUCUUCAAGCCCUGGAAGUGGAGGAAGAAGAAGAGCAGCGAGAAGUUCAAGGAGACCUCCGAAGUGCUGGAGAGGAAGAUCUCCAUGAGGAGGUCCCGACAGGAACUGAUUGAGCGGGGUGUUCUGAAAGAUAUUCCUGAGAACGAAACCAACAAUGCCAACCACUCCAAGGGGCCGUCAUCAACCAAAAACGGUCAUGCCAUGGUUGGCGACCGUGACCGGGAACGGGAUCGGGAACGCGACCGAGAUCGGGAUGACCGGUCCUCGGUGUUCGGGGGUUCAGAACCGGCCCGUGUGAACCCCACCUGGCUCUCACAGGAAGAGCGCAAGGGCAGCCUGGUCCCUGAGCAGGACCGCCGCAGCCUGAUGCCCCCCGAGGAGGACCGCCGCGGGCGCACACCGUCCGACGCCGCCUCCGAGCGCAAGAGACGGGCGCCGCCGCCUCUGGACGUGGACGCCCGCAUGCGCAUCCAUUCGGACAUGGACCUGACCACCCGCAUGGGCGGAGUCAGUGACGGUGGAGAUGGGAGACGGGCAGCGUCUCUCCCCCGCGGAGGACCGGGCCUCGAGGACAGCCGGACGAGGAGGGACGAGCGGAAAGAGGAUAGGAGAGACGAGCGAAGAGAGAGAGACGACAGAAGAGAUGACCGCAAGGAGGAGAGACGAGAAAGAAGGGAUGAGAAAAAAGACGAGAGGAGAGAUGAGCGGAAGGACGAGAGGAGAGAUGAGCGGAAGGACGAGAGGAGAGAUGAGCGGAAGGACGACAGGAGAGAUGAGAGAAAGGACGACAGGAGAGAUGAGAGGAAGGACGGGCGAGACGAUCGGGGAAGGAGGGAUGACCGGGACGAGCGAGACCGACGAGUGGACAGGAAGGAGGAGCGGGACGCUCGAGACCGACGCAGGGACGAGCGCACGGACGGAGACGAGAGGGACAGGCGAGAUCCCCGCGGAGAACGAGUGGAGCGAGAGAGAGACCGACGGGAGGAUAGAGACAGACGAGACGAACGAGAGAGAACGAGGGAGGAGCCGGAGAGGCGGGAGGAGAGCGAGAGAAGAGAGGAGAGAAGGGACGAGAGGGACAGGAAGGACUGGAGAGGAGAGAGGGAUGAGCGCGAGAGAGGGAGAGAAGAGAGGGAUAGGAGAGACGAGCGGGAGAGGAGGGAGCCGCGGAGGCCGUACUCGGAGAUGGACCCGAGGCCGAGCCUGCCGAAGACUGUGUCUGAGGAGGGGCCGAGGCAGAGGCCGGUCUCGGAGGCUGACCGCAGGACCACGCUGCCAAGACACGUGGCCAUGGCCGAGGAACCCAGGGGACGUUCAGAUUCGCUGGGCGUGCGCUUUGCUCCUGAGCCCAACCCUGGACCCGGACGGGACUUCCUGAAGGACCCUGCGGGCCAGCAGCACCCUUCCAAACAGGCCAUGCUGCCGCCCAAGUGGCUGAUGUCGUCCACCGAGCAGACGGGCACGCCCCCUGGCUCCUCCGCCUCCUCGGCCUCCUCAACGUCAUCCUCGUCCUCCGCGCCCCCCAUCGCCAAGCCCCCCCCUCGCACCGUGUCUCUGCUGGUGCCCAGCGAUGCCCCCGCUCCCGCCCCGCACCCACACGCGGCCCAUCAGGACGCCCACCCUCCCUCCUCCGCCCCCGUGCCCAUGGCAGCACCCAUCCCGACCCCCCACCCCAAACAACCCCCGGUGCCCCCGCCCAAGCCCACCAAUCGCAACAGCAACCCCGCCCUGCUAGCCGCCACUCUGAACAGACGGGCCAAUGCCCGGCCUCCUUUCUGCUGGACCAGCUGGCGUCGCCAGGGCGAGGGCGGGGUCUACCUGUCUCUGCCUGCCUACCUGUGCCGCAGGGGCAUGCCCCCAAACUCCGCAGCGGAGUUGUCUCAGGCGGCCGGAGGCGCCAACCUGCUGCCCGUCAAGCGCUCGCCUCCCACUCCACCCAAGAGGAUGACGCCGGUCACCAAGCGCCACUCCGAGGAGCCGCCCGCCGCCCCGGCCGGUCAGAGCGAGAGCUCGUCCUCGGCUCGGGCUGCCCCCGUGCCCCUCCCUGCCCCCUCCUCCUCCUCCUCCUCCGCCGCCACGGGCACCAUCGGCGAGGACGACGGAGUUCCGUCUCCUCCGGCCUUCUCGCCACCGCCGGUCCACAUACCCCCCUCUCCGCCCCAUGUCCACUUCCAUCCACAGCCCCCGGCCAAACCUGCCCCUGCCCCGCAGGUGACCGUGACGACGGACCCCCCCAGCCCCACCACGGAGCCCCCCAGCCAGCCGCCGCUCCCGCUGCACCUGCUGAUCGCGCGGGCGCUGGCCAGCCCUGGCCCCGCGGUGGCCAACCCGGACGGCUCGCAGCGCGCCCACUCGCUGCUCUUCGACAAGCCGCCCGACAUCCUGCUGGAGGUGGGCGGACGCCACUCGCUGCCCAUCACCAUCGAGCCCCUCAGGCUGCCUGAGGAUGAUGACUUUGACAUGGAGGAAGAGCUGGCUAAGGAGGAGCUGCGUAAGCAGCAGCGCUCGGCCCCCGCACCGCGUCACCCCCUCCAGCCGGCCCUGGAGCCGCGCAGCCGCCGCGGCAUGGUGGAGGACCCCCGCGUCACCGUCAUCCCCGAGGCCACUGGCCCUGGGGACAGCGAGGACGAGGAGGAGGAAGAGCGGGUGGACAAGGAGGAGGAGACGGACUCGGACUCGGACGGACCUAUCCUCUACAGGGAUGACGAUGAAGAUGAGGAUGUUCCGACAGGUGGUCUGGCGGACCGUGUGAAGCGUAAGGACACUCUGGCUCUGAAGCUGGAGAAGCAGCAGCAGCAGGACCCCAAUCAGGAGAACGGCAACGGCUGGAGGAACCGCGAGCAGUGGGAGGCCAUCCGCAGCAAGAUCGGCUCUACGCUCACACGGAGGUUAAGUCAGAGACCCACCGCUCAGGAGCUCGAGCAGAGGAACAUUCUGCCUGCCAUGAAUGAUGAGGAGCGGCGGCUGGAGAGGAGUGAGAUCAAACGCAGACUCACCAGAAAGCUGUCCCAGAGGCCAACUGUCGCCGAGCUGCAGGCCAGGAAGAUCCUGCGCUUCAACGAGUACGUGGAGUGUACAGACGCCCACGAUUACGACCGGCGCGCGGACAAACCCUGGACCAAACUCACCCCCGCAGACAAGGCUGCCAUCAGGAAAGAGCUCAAUGACUUCAAGAGCACAGAGAUGGAGGUUCAUGAGGAUAGCAGGAUCUACACAAGGUUCCAUCGGCCAUAAAGUGUAAUACAGCGUCACUGGAGGGUCCAGAGGCAUCCAGCCUCUUCACCCAUAACCCCUGCACCCCGGACCCACCGCCUCAAAGCCCUCUGGGAUACGAGGGUCCUCCAACCUCCCUGCCCACCUAACUAGACAAGGACUGUAGAAGACGACGAGUGGGACUGGGGACAAACCUGAAGGGGUACACUGCCCACCUCACAUGGGUCAUUCGUAAGGAGUGGACUGCCGUCCCAGCCAGGGUACAACCAGUGACCUCAUGGUUACUUAACUGGCCAUGGCCAAUACAAGCAUGUGAUCAGAGGGCCAAGGGCAGGAAGCACAUAGCAGAGUGGAGUGGAAUUCUGGGAAAUUGAGUCCAUUGUUGUGCCCAUUACUGUGAUACUGUUGUGGCAAGUCAGCCCUAUUUCUUAUGCAAGACUACACCAUUCAAGUGGCCUUGGUCUGUUUUUCGAUGACAUUUAAUGAUAAUUUGCAGUCGUUUUUACUGAGGAAUCUGGAAUACCUGUGAAUAUGUUGAAAGCGAUGAUGAUUUGCUGGUCUACUGACGAUGUCAGUAAGGAGUCAUGUCAAUGAGAAUGUGAUACAAGCUAUGUGACUGUGUGUGUGUGUGUGUGUAAGAGUGUUUGUGUGUGUGUGUGUGUGUAAGAGUGUUGUGUGUGUGUGUGUGUGUAAGAGUGUUUGUGUGUAACAGUGUGUGUGUGUGUGUGUGUGUGUUUGAGAGAGCGAGAGACUGUGUUGCGCAUUUACUGCAUCUCUGCCUUAUAUGUUGUCUGACACGGUAUCCACCCGGUCCCUGUUACUGGCUAUCAGACACACACAUACUGAACUGGAUAGCAGCUUUAGAUUAGAGAGCAGCAGUACUACAUCAUCAGUGGUAUAGCACUACACACGCAACCCAAUACUAGCCCCCAGCAGUCAGGCACUAGAGUUCGGAGCAAGCUCUCACACAGGGCACUGAAAUGGUUCUAGAGUCACGGUACUGUACUGGUACUAUUUGUUAAGAAGGGGGUUCUAGACCUGUUCUAGGUCAGUUCCUCUGAUGGCCUAGCCUCUGACACCUCCAAAUACAUUACAUACGACUUUCAUUACUGACCAGCGUCUCCGAUCACACAGGUUGUCUGCAGCCGGAUCGGGGCCGGGUCAGUACCAGAUGAGGGCCAGAUGCAGGUGGCCUCUGGGGUCUGCGAACCCACGUUUUUUUUUUAUCAAAAGUCUUUUUCUUGCCUGUCACAUGACGCGCAAUCAGGUGCUCCUGAUGAGCUGGGCCACUUGGGAACUGAGAUUGUCAAUUGUAAAGGGGGUGGGGGAGGUGGUGGUGGUUUAGUAAGGCCACAGGUUAGCAUUAAAGACACUAAGGCUCCAUCCCAUUACGUAGAUUCAUAACCUUGCACCCUCAAACUGUGCUUUGGGGUAUCACACAUGACGUGUUGUCAGAGGCAGGGCAGUAAUAACGUCCCAUUCGUGGUUUAUUCUUUCACCCCUUUAACUCCUUAUACACUUACACCCUUGUUCACCCCUCUAAUACUUACGGUAUUAAUAAUUACGGUUCCUUGACCCUUCAAAGUGCCCUUUGAAGGAUGCAAGGCUGCAAGGACAUGUAAUGGGAUGCUGCUUCUGCCUCUCACCACUGACAGGAAACAAACUCCUCAAGGCAUUUGUUUUUUUAACUGGUUGAUGGUACUGCGUGUUAACCGGUAGUAAGGUCCUCACAAUGUCCAGUUUUGUUUUAAAUGUAAUUAAAAUGUUUCAGUAUGUUGUUUUAUAAGCACAAAUAUUGACCAUAUUGAUACGGUAAUACAGUAACUGCAAUAUGACAGACUGGUUUAAAAAAAAAAAAAGAUUUAUUUUAAUGUUGUAUAGUUUUUUACAUAAAGAAAUAUGUUUCAACUACUAAUGAAUGGUCAAUCCACAACUGAAUUAAAAGUUUCAAAGAC